CCGGGGCGCACUCGCCAGCCGUGCGCUCCCCGCUCCUCGGCCUCCCGCCUCUCCCGCGUCCGCGCCGCUCGCUCCUUGCGUGGAUACUAGCUGUUCCCGACCGCACCAUGACUCUGGAGGAGAUCCGAGGCCAAGACACGGUCCCCGAGAGCACCGCCAGGAUGCAGGGCGCCGGGAAAGCACUCCACGAGCUGCUGCUGUCCGCGCAGCGCCAGGGCUGCCUCACCGCCGGCGUCUAUGAGUCCGCCAAAGUCCUGAAUGUGGACCCCGACAACGUGACCUUCUGCGUGCUGGCCGCCGACGCGGAGGACGAGGGCGACAUCGCGCUUCAGAUCCACUUCACCCUGAUCCAGGCGUUCUGCUGCGAGAACGACAUAGACAUCGUGCGCGUGGGCGACGUGCAGAGGCUGGCGGCGAUCGUGGGCGCGGGCGACGAGGCGGCCGCCCCGGGGGACCUGCACUGCAUCCUCAUCUCGAACCCCAAUGAGGACGCGUGGAAGGACCCCGCCUUGGAGAAGCUCAGCGUGUUCUGCGAGGAGAGCCGCAGCGUCAACGACUGGGUGCCCAGUAUCACCCUCCCCGAGUGACAGCGCGGAGGGGGCCUUGGUCUGAUCGACGACGUGGUGACACCGGGGCGCCUAGCGCGCGGCUGGCUCUGUGGAUGCGCCCUCGGAGCGCGCGGGCCCGCAGUGCUGCGCGGAGAGCGGCGAGGAGGGCGGCCCCUGCAGGAGGGGCCCGGCGGCGGGGGCGCGGGGGCGCGGGGGCGGGCUGGCCCCCAGCCCGGGACUCCGCGAGUGUGGACUCCGCGAGUGUGGGCGGCGGCGGCCUGCCCGGGAAGGCCGGAGGCGGGCCGUGGGCCCCGGGCCGGGAAGGCCGGACCGGCCGGGCGGGCGUGACUCAGCAGCCUGCGCUCUGCGCAGGAAGGAGGGGAGAGGCCAGGCAGGCGAGGCCUGGACUCCGGACUCUGGACUCGGACAGUUACAGGAGCUCUGACCCACUGAGCGGCCUGCACCGCUGCACCAAGCGGACGGGGCGAUGCUCCGGUUUCUAAAGGAUUCUGCUGCUGCAGCUUUGGAGUUUUGUUUUUUAAACAAUAAACUAAGUGAAACAGA